UGUGUGUGUGUGUGUGUGUGUGUGUGUGUGUGUGUGUGUCUGUCCGUCCGUCCGUCCUACAGGCAGCUGGACCACAACAACCUGACAGAGGUGAGUAAGGGCUGGCUGUACGGCCUGCUGACCCUGAACCAGCUCCACCUCUCUCACAACGCCAUCAGCAGGGUCCGGCCCGACGCCUGGGAGUUCUGCCAGAAACUCAGCGAGCUCAACCUCUCCUCCAACCAUCUGUCCAGACUGGAGGAGUCCAGCUUCGUGGGCCUCAGCCUGCUGGACCAGCUCCACAUCGGGAACAACCGCGUGAGCUUCAUCGCAGACGGAGCCUUCCGGGGCCUCUCCACCCUGCACCUGCUGGAUCUCCAGAAUAAUGAAAUCUCCUGGACCAUUGAAGACAUGAACGGCCCUUUCUCUGCUCUGGACAAGCUGAACAAACUCUUCCUGCAGGGCAACCAGAUCCGCUCGGUGACCAAGAAGUCUUUCUCUGGCCUGGACGCGCUGCACCACCUAGAUCUGAGCAAUAACGCCAUCAUGUCUAUCCAGGCCAACGCCUUCUCUCAAAUGAGGAACCUGCAGGAGCUGCGGCUGAACACCUCCAGCCUGCUGUGUGACUGCCAACUCCAGUGGCUUCCUGUCUGGGUGGCAGAGCAGAGCUUCCUGCCCCGCGUCACCGCCAGCUGCGCCCACCCGCAGACGCUGAAGGGCAGCAGCGUGUUCUCUGUCAGCCAGGACCAGUUUGUGUGUGAUGACUUCCCGAAGCCUCAGAUCACGCUGCAGCCGGAGACGCAGUCCGCUCUGAGAGGAUCCAACGUGACCUUCAUCUGCUCCGCGGCCAGCUCCAGCGACUCGCCCAUGACCUUCUCCUGGAAGAAAGACAACGAGGUCCUGGAUGACGCUGAGAUCCACAACCAGGCUCACCUGAGGGUGCAGGGUGGCAUGGUGGGAGAGACGGAGGUGACGGAGUACACCACCACCCUGCAGCUGCGGGACGUGGAGUUCUCCAGCGAGGGGAAGUACCAGUGUGUCAUCUCCAACCACUUCGGAUCUUCCUACUCCACCAAGGCCAGACUCACCGUCAACAUGCUCCCUUCCUUCACCAAGAUGCCAAUGGACCUGAGUAUCCGUGCCGGAGCGACAGCCAGGCUGGAGUGCGCCGCCGUGGGUCACCCCUCCCCUCAAAUCGCCUGGCAGAAAGACGGAGGCACGGACUUCCCUGCUGCACGCGAGCGCCGCAUGCACGUGAUGCCGGAGGACGACGUGUUCUUCAUCGUGGACGUCAAGGCCGAGGACAUCGGUGUUUACAGCUGCACGGCCCAGAACACCGCUGGAGCUAUCUCUGCUAAUGCUACGCUAACGGUUCUAGAAACGCCUUCCUUCCUGCGGCCCCUCAUGGAUCGCACCGUGGCCAAGGGGGAGACUGCGGUCCUGCAGUGCAUCGCCGGCGGCAGCCCCCUCCCCAGGCUGAACUGGACAAAAGACGACAGCCCAUUGGUCGUGACUGAGCGCCACUUCUUCGCAGCGGCCAACCAGCUCCUCAUCAUCGUGGACGCUGCAGAGGCCGACGCGGGGACGUACACCUGCGAGAUGUCCAACACUCUGGGGACAGAGCGGGGGAACGUCCGGCUGGCCGUCAUCCCUAACCCCAACUGUGACUCCGGAGUUCAGGGCGGUGUGGGGGGGGGCAUGAUGGGCGGGGCAGGAGCGGACAAUGAUGGUUGGACCACGGUGGGGAUCGUCAUCAUCGCUGUGGUGUGCUGUGUGGUGGGCACGUCCCUGGUGUGGGUGGUCAUCAUCUACCACACCCGGAGACGCAGCGAGGACUGCAGCGUCACCAACACAGACAUGUAUGAGAUGCCCCACUCUGGGAACGGAGGUUUCGCGGUGCAGGGUGGAGGUUUCGGAGGGGGGGAACACUGCAUGUUUCAAGCCGCCUUGCAUGGAACAAACAUGGCCGCCAAGCCAGCAGUUUUCCUGUGCGUUCGCCAACGGGCCUCCGGCGUUUAA